AUGCGUCCCAGGGCGCCCGGGCCACUGUGGCCACUGCCCUGGGGGGCCCUGGCUUGGGCCGUGGGCUUCGUGGGCUCCGUGGGCUCGGGGGACCCCUCGCCCGGUGGUGUCUGCUGGCUCCAGCAGGGCAAAGAGGCCACCUGCAGCCUGGUGCUGAAGACCGACGUGAGCCAGGCUGAGUGCUGUGCCUCCGGCAACAUUGACACCGCCUGGUCCAACUUCACCCACCCAGGGAACAAGAUCAGCCUCCUGGGCUUCUUGGGCCUUGUCCACUGCCUCCCCUGCAAAGAUUCGUGCGAGGGCGUGGAGUGCGGCCCCGGCAAGGCCUGCCGCAUGCUGGGGGGCCGGCCGCGCUGCGAGUGCACCCCGGACUGCGAAGAGCUCCCGGCGCGCCUGCAGGUCUGCGGCUCCGACGGCGCCACCUACCGCGACGAGUGCGAGCUGCGCGCCGCGCGCUGCCGCGGCCACCCGGACCUGCGCGUCAUGUACCGGGGCCGCUGCCGCAAGUCCUGCGCACACGUGGUGUGCCAGCGGCCGCAGUCGUGCGUGGUGGACCAGACAGGCAGCGCCCACUGCGUGAUGUGUCGCGCUGCGCCCUGUCCCGCGCCCUCCAGUCCUGGCCAGGAGCUCUGCGGCAACAACAACGUCACCUACAUGUCUUCGUGCCACCUCCGCCAGGCCACCUGCUUCCUAGGCCGGUCCAUCGGCGUGCGACACCCCGGCAGCUGCGCUGGGGCGGGGCAGAGCGGGGAGCCGUGGUGGACUGUGGGCCCCAGCCCCUCUCCAGACCCCCAUUUCUCUGUUCGUCCCUCCCACUCAGCAGGCACCCCUGAGCCAGCAGAGGUUGAGUCGGAGGAAGAGGAGGAGAACUUCGUGUGA